AAACUUUCUCUGAAGACACCACGGCCGGUGGGUCCGAGCAGGAUGCGGCAGCGGCAGACUCUACAAAGACACAGGCACGACACACCCCUGUGUCCCCCAAUCGGGCUCGUUUCGAAGCUGCAGAGAAAGAAAAUGCUCGUCUGUUUGUGCAGUGUCUGCGGCAGAUAGCGCCCGACCUGGUGAAGUCCCUCAGUGUCUGGGAGGUGGAUGACCUCAUUCAGGACCUGUCCUCUAGAUUCUGUGCCAGUAUUCCUCAUCAGACCACAGUCAAGUCAACAGCGGAGGGCAUGGGUGGGGCUGUGGUGCUCAAUGCAGAUGGCGUUUAUGUAGCGGCCAUUGCUGCACUGAAGCUGAGUCUCCGACUGAUCAACUGUGGUUACUAUGACAACAAGAGAGCUGUGCUGGUUCCUAUCACUGAGGCGGAUUUUCUAAAUGAGAUGUUCAGCUCUGGUUUGCUGUUGUACCUUCCACCAGUUUGGUUGAAGGAAGUGUACGCUCAAGUCCUGGGUUCGAGCCUCAUCUGUUCACCUUCCCCAUUGUGCUCCUCCCCAUCACACAGACAGGACAUGAACCACUUGGUGCACUUCAUACAGGACCUGGAGGGAUCUGGGUCGACAGAGGUCAGCAGUCGUUUGACCUCUGAGUACAGAGAGGAGUUGGACUUUGAUACUGACGGGGAGGAGCCAGAUCAGAGCUGGAGGGUAGAGGCAGGUAAAGCCCUUGCUGCGGAUGUGUUGUCAGGAUGCUGGGCUCAGGUGUUGGACAUCCUGUCUGUGAUGCUGAACGAGCAGGGGGGAGCACCGGGGGGUGGAGGUCGCUACAGCCUCUCCUUGCUGUUGGCCACCGAUAGUGCCAGAGAGGACGUUCGUCGAGCCCGCAGCGCCAUCUGCACCAGCCUCAACGGGCUUCAGAAAGCUGCUAAGCUGUGUUGUGUGCUCGGUCUUCAGCAGCUGUGUGGUAGUGCUUUUUCCCAGCUAGCCCGCACUUCUUGUAUGAAGGAGGACUUUCGGGUCACAGCAGCCACCGAGGUCAGAGGUCAGACCAAGGGGUCAGUGCUGAGCAGUGGCAAACCCAAGCUGGUCAGACUCCAUGCAGCCCAUGUGCUCAGCAUGGACGUUGUCAUGACAACAGGACUGGAGAUGGCCAGCCAUGCAGCUGACUGUUGGAAACAUGUAUUCAGGUGCUGUGCCCACAUUUCGGAGCUGGAGCACACAUACUUCAGCCAGGGCAACAACCAGUCCAGUCUGCCCAAGGUCAUGCCAGGAGCCCAAGGAGCCUUGGUUCUAGACAGAGACGGUGCGGAAGCUGACGGGAGCUGUGAUACAGACCUGUACUCUGCCCCCGUCCUGGCUGCCGUACCUGUGGCCCCUCGGAUCAAUGUGGCAGCCCUAAUAGAACAAAGCAGUCUAGAGUCUGGCUGGGACAACUCACUGGAGGCAGGAGGGGUGCUCACCUUUGCUCAGGCCUCUAAAGCACUAUGUGGCCUCUCCCAAGAGGUGGACAGCUUGUUUGAGGAUGCGGCCAACCAGCUGUGCCUGGACGCUCUCCUGGGUUUCCUGAGGGAGCUGGGUGACGCAAGCAUCACUCAACUCCAGAGGCUGGGAGGUGGCGCUGGCGCUGGGGUGGGAGGAGCGGUCAGCGUAGGGUCGUCUCGCCCGCCGACCAACGCCCUGCACCUGUACCGGCUGCAGCAGGUGCUGGUGCGUGUGGUCAACAGCUCCCGGCCGCUGCUGCAUCUGCUGCGAGUGUGGAGUGUGGUCUCCCCUUACCUGGUGCAGGCAACUGGCAAUGCAGACCAUGUGAUCUCCAAGAUGGCGGUGACGUCGAUCCAUGAGUUCAUUGUGUCGCUGGUGAGCCAGCGGGAGGAGCGACCGCACUUCCACGUGAAUGAGUUCCUGUGUAAAACGUUUGAGGACAUGCUCUGUCUGGAGCUUUGUGAUGGGGAUGUGCAGGACCAGCGACUUUUGACAGCGACGUCUCAGAAGACAGAUCCGAGUCUGGUAGUGACGAUGAAUAUACUGAUGGGGAAGGUGAGCUGGAGGGACUGUGUGUACCAGCGCUGCGCUACCUGACCCAGGUGUGUGACAUUCUGGCCUCUAUGUGGCAGAUGCCAGCCUGUCCAGUCUUCAAGGGAGCUCACAGGAUUCAAGUUGACACAGCUGCACGUCUUGUGAGUCCUGAAAUUUCCAACAUGAACUUCAAGCUUUUUGCGGAAGAGUUUGCUCUGGACAAGCACAAGCCUCAGAGCGAGCCGGAAGCCGGCGACGUGAAGAAUGUACCGUCUGGCAAACUGGAGGGUGCAACAAAUAUAGCAGCGGGCCUGGACCAGAGCGGCGAUAGGUCUACCUCACUUCCUGCGUCCAGUCCUCCACAAAACAAAGUUGUAGUGUCAGAAACUGUGGAGAAAGAGACAGCUGAGCCUGCUGAGGACUCUGACCGACCUGAAUGUGUGUUGGAGCAUUCUGAAGAUUGUCAAUCUCAAGACGUCAAAACAAGUGAUUCCGAGGUUUCUGAUGCUGACGUUGAGGUGAAAGCUGCAGCUGAUCAAGAACAAAUUAGGCCUAUGCCAGUAGACUCGGGUGAGGCAAAUGAUAUAUCUAGUAGUUCGAAAACUUGCCCUGUCAUAUCAUCUGAUAGUGAAACAGAGCCAGUAACAGAUGCCAAAAUGAAAGUUCAACGACCUUCCACACUGUGUGACCCAGACAGUGGCUGUGGCCCAGGGUUGUCUGCCCCCACAGGGCCCAGCUCAAACCCCACCCUCAAUUCUCAUCUCUCAGAGGAGGUGGCAUCUGGUGACUGCCAGGAAGUUUGUGGCAUGUACCGGUCACUAGAUGAGAUGGACGGCUCAUCUGGAGUACUGCAUGUCUGGUUUUUACUUCUGGAUGGUUUGGUGUCUGCCAUAAACCACUGCCCCAAAGCAUUUCAGUCGCACACUCUCAACACUCUAAUAGAUCUCCUGAGGUCGUCUUCCAAAGUACCAGGUGCUGAGUUUUCCAUGUACUGUGUCAAUCAUUUGUUGCUGCCAAUGCUGCAGUCAUGGCUGCGGCGAGGGGCACGUUGCUAUGGUUACUGGAAUACCGGCAUUGUCAGCUUCAAACAGUCAUGUGGACUUGUAGCUGACUUGAUUGUGGAGUUUGUCACAGAGUUUACAGGAGAUGCUGAGCUCCAGGCAGCGUUACAGCUCAUUCUCAAGCAGACAUUUGACGUGUUCAUCGAGUGUGUGGCUCAGCCUGUGGAGAACAUCUCUCGGCUCGGCUGCUCCUGCAUCAGGCACAUUCUGCUGACCGCUGGUCCACAUUUGUCAGAGACCUUGUGGCAGGUCGGAGGUCAAGCCGUGCACCGGGCCCUUGGGGUCACGACCUAUAACUUGCGCCUCCUCAUGGCACUUUUCCACCCCAACUCAGACAACUUUUACGGGGACAUUGGACAGGUCAAGGUCGCAACCCGAAAAGACUGCACUGUGGUGGACUGCCUGAGGCUGCGGCAGAUGGCUAAGCAGGUGUUUUUACUAGACAGCCAAGUAUCCUCCAUGCCUAGUGUCCAGUACGACACUGACCAGGACAAGUCCUUUGUGUUCCUCCUCUACCCACCUGGACACCAGGACAGCCUCAACCCUGACCACAUCUCCACCAGGGUUCCUUUCCGUCACGUGGUGGUGGGGCUGCUGUCCAAUCAGCUUCUGCUUCAGACAGUCGGAGAGAUUCUGUUGGAUCGACAGGCAGACCAGAAAGAAGUCGGCUCUGGUGUUGGGUUGCCAGGUCUAAUGCCCCACAUGUCCACCCGCAAUGUCCACCAACUCCUCUCUGCUCUGGACGAGACCUACCAGACAGCCCAGGAUUUUGACGCGAGGCCAGGUCUAAAGUUUCUGCUCCAGAAGGUGGCGGGCCUGGAUGUGGCGGCCAAUUUGUACAAGCAAGCAGCGACGGCCGUCCUGUUCCACGUGCAUUCUCUGCUGGAGAUCAAUGCUCACCUGGACAACAGCAGCAUCAGCUCUACCAAGGCUGCCAUUACUCCCAUCGCUGAGACACCAGAGACCCCCGUUGCCUCAUGGCCGACCAUCGCUGAGAUCAAGCACACGGCUGGGAUGUCAGUGGGUCGCCCCUGGACCAAUGGCAGGCUGUUCCUGCCACUGCUGCAGAACGUAUGUGAAGAGCUGUGUCAGACGUACGUGGAAGUGUUGCAAGACUCGGGCAAGGGCUCUAUUCUGGAUAAGAUCUCGGAGCAACCAAUCUUUUUCCUGACGGCUCAGCACGAGGACAUUCCACUGAUCACCGCUCGGGCCCGACUCGCUGCAGCAAAGUCAAGGUCGUCAGAUUCUUCGUCGUCUCUGCACAAGUCUGUAGAUUCUUCUGGAAAAAAUGAGCCCAUUGAGGCUGAGGGUGUGCGGUCGGAUGGAAUUGUCUCAGUGGCUGUGGAAACGCCUCAAAACCAGCUGGAUUCUGAUGCAGACUCUGACAGUGACUUAGAGAAAGUUCGAAGUGAAGAUGGAGAUACAGAGAAAGGAGAAGGAGAGGAAGAAGAACGAAAGAAGAGUAAGAGGGAGAUACGCCAGGAUUUGGAGAGUAAGGUGUACACAGUAGCCACUGACCAGGUGAUCGAGAACCUGAUGUCUCAGUACAAAAGACACAAGCACCAGAGGUCUAUGCCUAACUUUGUCCGCCCACCGAAGUUCCAACGGUCAAAGAUGAAGGUCCCCCGUCGUGAGGCUGUUGAUGAAGCCAUUGAUAAACAGCACAAGUCCUCUAUAAUGAAGGACAGUGAAGCUCACCUUCAAGCCUGGGCCGACACCCUGACUGCCAUCCUUCAAAUGACUUUGAGCCUUCCGGACUCCAGUUUCUCUGCCCUUCUCCCCGUGACCUUCACCUUUGUGAGCCAACUCAUCUUGUACGCCACAGACUCUGCGCUGCGAGAUCAGCUGGCUCAGUGCUUUAACAGGUUGGGGCGGAUGUACGACUUUGCCCCUCCGGCCAACGCCAGUCUCCCUCGUACCAGAGACAACAGCUCCAGUAAACACAGUCUACCUUCUUAAGUAAUUUUGUGAUUUCACAAGUGAAAAGACACGACAUCGAGUCCAUAAUUAAAGGUGCUUGUGGCUCUGAGACUUUCGUGGGGCGUGAAUGUUUAUUGAAACCAUCCGAAGCUCAGAAAUAUUUUGACGGCUUUGGUCUAGGCACCCAUAUUUAAUGCUCUGAGAAAAAUGAACCUUUUCAGUUACAAGUUAAAUCCAUCUGGGCUAUUUUUAUCUCAAAGGGUCAUAGUUCCACACUGAUUCAAAUAUUUACAAUUUAAAAUAGCGGUACAGGGAAAGAACCACAGAAGUCCAUGAGACUCCAGGGACGAAAGGCAAUUGUCCACAAUGAUUUCUCAGUUACUACUGCAAUCUUUCCAUCCCAGUCUUCAAGUCUUUAUCUUUUCUCAGUCCAGCCUCUAAUAACAGAGAGACAGUGUUAAGUCAGUGUAACUUCCUUUGGAAGAAGAGAAAAAAAAGUAGUUGAACUUUGAUUCAAUAUUUUUUUUUUACCUGUAAAAACAUGAUUUUGUGAGAGGUUCCUUGAAAUAAUCAGUGUAUUUAUUACUGGAAUACAGUGGUGAUAAUUUCCGAGAGUUAGUGAUGUUGAGUGCCUGCAAGUGCUGACAUUUUCUGUAUGGUAAUGGUGAUUUUUGCCUCAGGAGAAUGAAUCUCAGGAGGGAUAUUUGGAUCAACAGUCCUGGUUACUGUUUAAUCAUGUUUUCAUAGGAUCCUGUCUACGGAUUAAUGAAUGAAUUAGUGCUGAAAGGGAGAGAGGGAGGAUUUUUGACUACCGGUACUACAUUUUUAAAUCAAUAUGAAUAUUAUUGAGAUAAAGGGUUCUUUGGAAGCAUCUGACACAUUUGUCUCAGUACCUGGUUUGUUCCUGGUUUGUGCUGGCAUGAUGAUUAUUGGGUAUUUUUGUGUUGAAACCUCUGAAUCCAAGUAAGGUGGGAUCGAGGAGGACUUUGUCAUUUCAUAUGAAGACUUGAGACUGACACCUUCUGUAUGUUAAUAACGAGUGAGACAUUUUGUGGAUGAAGUUUAGAAAGAAGCAAUCAGCCUUGUUGAGCUGACUGUGCAAAAUUCUUUUUAUAUCCCAUCUAGUAGUGAAGAGACAGCUGUUGGAAUAAGGAAAAAUUAAGAGUGUAGUCUGGAAGCCCAGAGACACUCUCCAAGAAAGAGAAAUCAUUUGUAUAGCCGACUUCCCAUCUCAUGUGGUUUAAAAGGUCGGUCAUGCAGAAGGAGAGAGAGUUUUUUCUGUAAAGUGCUGUCUUCCAACAUUCUAAAGAAGAAAUUUUUUUUGAACGAAAGAAAGCGAGGACUUGAAGGCUGAAAGUCUCUGAAUGUCACCGAACUGAGUUUUGCUAACACUAUCAACAACCCAACAAGCUGCUUUGACUCCCAUUUAAUCUGAGACAUCGGGGAUAACAAUAAAGUUUUCUGUCGGCUUCCUUGUUUCCAUAAUGAGUUCUCUGAAGAAAUUAUGGAAUAGAUAUCUACUGCUAAGUGUAAGACUCAGUCAUAUGUCACUUUUCAAAUUGGCCUCUGGGGGGAGUCUUACACUAAGUAGUCAAUAUGUCUGAGGUAGCUGCACAAGGGGUAGUUUUGAAAUUAGUGUCUCCUUUCCUUAUGUGCAAUAACCUCAGCUAGCACACUGCAAUGGGAUGCGCUCUCUUGAUAGACAUUUUGUUAGAAGAUUUCCCUUGGGUAUAGGACUGUGUGACUAAAGGAAACUGGAUGGGAACAGCACUAAAUCGUUGAAAGUGUAGAAUUAAAUGGUUGACAGACAUGGAUUGGCUGUAGUUGAUUUUGUGGAGAAUGCAAUGUACACACUUGCGACAUGCAGAAUAACUCUUACGCAUUUUGCAACUUUUACUGUAUUCUAUGUUUAUGUAUUUCAACUAAGUGCAAUAUUUUUAAUAGAUCUGUAUACAACAUUGCAAUUGGUCUGAUUGUUUUGAAAAUAAUUUUAUUUUAAUAACAGAUUUUUCUUGUAAAUCUACAAGUUUGCAACUGAGUGCAGUCUACUUAAAACAAUAUUGCACCGUUCCCUCUAUCUCUUGCAGUAAUUUUGAGAUAUGUUCUGAGGGUUUUCUUGUUGUUGUUGCUGUUGAUUUUCAUCCACAUGAUGUUUCAGAUCUGUUCCGCUGUGUUCGUUGCGUUUUUCGCAGAAAAAGUUGUGACAAAUCCAAUUUACCCUAAUGUUGUUGACGAUUUGAAGGCUUCUGAAUUUUGAGAAGAUUGUCCUCAGUAUUGCAUGAUGAUUGAUACUGUAGUUGGUGGUGGUAACUAGUCAUUGGAGUUUUAGUUCAAAUGGCUACUUUGUGAUGCUUAACUGUAAAGCUUUGAUCAAAUGACUGGUCAGCUGUGGUCAGUAGGUUGUAGAAGUAGGUAAUAGAAAGGAGGCAGAAUGUUUAUGUUGUGGGAUUUAUUUUUUGUGUUCGAACCCAUCAGGUUCAAUAAUGAAAUUUUGAAUGUACUGAAAUGUUGUAACAUUGGUGCUGUAGAAUGUUUACUUGUCUUCUGUUUUGUUGUUUACGCACAUGUUCGUGUUCAGUGGACACUGAUAGUUGUAAUUACAUUCUAGGAGAUGAAACUCUUUUAUCUUGUUUAUGCAAAUGCCUUUGCUAUGUGGGCGUUGAUCUUGUUAACUUCACUCAAGAAGAUGUUGUAACUCUUUUGUGUUGACUUGUGGAAGAAUACUGCAUAAAAUUGUUCUGUCUGUUUUCCUGAUAGGUUCUUGCAUUGGAUGCCUUGCUAGUGAAUUAUUUUACUUUGUGGGAUUAAGUGCUUUUGUGUUUGAAAUCUCGUCAUUCUGUGACUUGCGUCUAUUCUACUGCAUGCACGAAUUCUUCCCACCGAUGGAUAUCUCUGCAUGCGUGUCAUAUCAGCACAAGAUACGUGUAUGCUUGUCUUUACCUGUGAUUGUGAAUCCUCCUUUAUUCUUGGUAGACAAACAUGUAAAUCUGCAUUGAAUUUAUUUUCUCGAUUCAUUAUGAUUGCACAUUUCAUUCAAAAUGCAGUCUAUUUCCCUUGUAUUUCCUCAUUGCUAUUGUUAUUAUAUUAUGCAGUCAAACCCCUUUAUACUGUCAACCAUGGGUUGAGCAUGAAGUUGGCGGUUUAGCGAGACUGAUGUAUAACAGGGUUUUAAUUUUAACUCUUUGUCUCCAAGGGUAGGUAAACUCAAUGUGCUGGGGCCCUGUUUUGGUAUGAAAUGCAAAAGUGGCAUAUACGUCACUAAAUUGGUCAUUGAAUCAGAGCAAGUAAACCUAAUUUGAUAGGAUAGUUUUUCAUCAAAUGAAUGAACUCCCAGUAAACGAGACCUGUUUUUGGCAAUUGCUGAAUAGUUUAAGUAAUUUGGCUUCAAAGUCGUCGUAAAGGAAUGUGCCUGAAUCGCUGCCAGCGGCUCACCGGCACAGCGGUUCCAACCGCGAGCCGCUCUGGAGGUAAAGAGCUAAUGCAGUUCUUAGUUAAAUUGCAACAAUUGCCCAAAGCCAAGGGAAAAUGAUUCCUCCAUGAUUUGAUGAAGGACAACAUUAUAUUCCGUUAUUUUUUCCUUUGUCCAAGACUUGAUGACAUGGCCUCUGCAUGUGAUGAUCGCAGUCUUGCUGAGUCGUUUGUAAGAGAAAGGGAGAUUAUCACUGCAUAGCUGCUGGGUGGAUGCCAUGCGUAAGACAUAAUAUUUUUUAUGUUUUAAAAAAAAAAUAAAGGCGUUCCUUUUCAAGCAUUGGUAUAACCUGGCGGUAAGUGAGGCUGACAGUAUAAUGUAUAAAGGGGCGGUAUAACAGGGCUUGACUGUAUAUAAUGUGCCAGUAAGUUAUUACAUUGUGGUAUUUUUUAUUUAUUGUUUUUUCAGUUUGUGAUAUAUAAAAAUGUGAUACAGAAAAUUUUUUUUGUUUAUAGUUGUUUUAAUCUAUUCUUUACUUUUUGUCAUUUUAAUUUUAUCUUAGAAAUAUGCCAUUGUCAUGUGCAAAA